GAAUUUUGAGACUUCUCAAAAUGUAGAGAUGUUAGAGAGCAGCCUUCUGCAGCCAUUUCCUUUGCCAGCGACGGUGCCAAUUCCUCAGCCGCCGCCGGCGCAAGUUAGCUAUUAUCCGUCGAGCGAUUGGUAUAUCUCAUGCCUCUUGGGUUGCAGCAUUGGAGGGGUGACGGACACACCGAUAGAGGCCGCCGAUCAGUUCACGACGAUGAGUGGGGGAGAAUUACCUUAUUAUCCUUAUGACAGUAAGUGUUAUAUACAUUCUAGUGGAUCAAAGAAGGGGGAUAUGGAUCUAAUGGAGAUGAUCUUUUCAUCUUCUCGUUCAUCUCAUGGGAGCAAUUCCAAUAAUGCCGAGGAGAAGAAGUUGUAAGGAAAAUGGAUGUUUAAUUUGUUGGGUCGAUGAGCCGAUCUAUAGAGUUAUCUUUCUGUUUUUGUGUUUGUUUUUAUUCAUGUUGAAUUUCAUAUUAUGAUACAGUGUAAUUAUUUCAUAUUAUUCAAUGUGAUAUUUAGAAUUUCAUUAUUAA